CGAGAGAGCUGAGAGCAAUUAUGUUGUCAUUUGUUGAAUAAAAAGCGUAUUUCAGUGUAAUAUUUUAAUAUUGUCGAUAUAUACAGAACCUAUAGAAGUUCGUGCUUGUUAAUAUUGUUUUUAAAAUCUCUAAAGGCCAAACCAUGAGUUUCUCCUUCGGUUCGCCGUCUACAACAACAGGCAGUACUUUCGGUUCCAACACCGCUUCUACAGGUUUCGCUUUUGGUGGAGGUGAUACGAAAUCGUUAUUCGGAGCGUCAAAUACAGAUAAUAAGCCUGCAUUUAAUUUUACGAGUCCUACCACAAGUGCUCCGGCCUUUGGAGGGUUCUCAUUUGGAGCUAAGACGACCACUGCUGCUUCUUCCUUAUUCGGUUCACCAACAGCAGCGACCACAACUACGUCUGCGUUUGGGGCCAGCAAGCCUCUGAGCUUCGGAGGUUUCCAGUCUCCACCAAACCAGACCGUGGGCAGCCCUGGCUUUGGACAGCCAGCGCAAGCGCAGCAGAAUGCUCCUCAGAACUUGUCAUUCGGUGGCACUGCUCAAGCGGCACCAGCAUUUGGGACCCCUACAACUCAAGCCCAACCGUCGGCAUUUGGUUCCCCAGCAACCGCGGGCACAGGUCUGUUCGGUCAACCAGCCGCAACCACCACCUCGAGUUUCUCCUUCACAACGCCCGCGUCUGGUUUCUCUGCGCAACCCUCUGCGCCAGCAGCGGCACCCGCGCCGGCGGCGGCAUUCGGUGCUCGGACCAGCGCGGCCGCGCCGGCCUUCGGACAAACCUCUGCCUUCGGGAAGCCUGCCGGUGGAGGGUUCAGCUUCGGCGGGGGAGCCGCUACUGCAGCUCCGUCGUUCGGCACUCCAGCAGCGCCAACCUUUGGACAACCUGCCGCAACAGCACAACCACAACAGCAACCACAACAGCAACCCCAACAGCAAGCACAACAGCAACCCCAACAACAAACAACAGGGUUGUCCUUUGGCCAAACACCGGCUCUCGGCACAACAACCCCUUCAUUCGGCGCUUCAACUGGCCUUAGUUUUGGCACCAACCAACAACAGAAUAACCAAAAUCAACCCGCAACACAGGGUUUCGGAUUCGGGCAGACUACGACCAACAACUCUACACCAACGACUCAAGCCAUGCCAACGCAAGGCUCAAAUUUCGGCUUCGGUCAAACGGCCACAUCGGAAGGUCAAUUUGGUGCGUUAUUUGAUCGGAAAACUCCCACAGCCCAAACGCCUUCAACGCAAACCCAGCCUAAGUUAGGUUUCGGUACGCCGGCUACUCAAGCGCCAACAUCAACCGGCUUAAACUUUGGUACGACUACCACCGCUUCGACGGGCAUCAGUUUUGGGCUACCAACAUCGACUGCCCAAUCAUCGUUCCCUACAAGUACUCAAGCGACACCCCACAGCGCGCCAGGGUCGACAUCGAGUUUGACGUCGACGAGUUUGACGUUCGCGCCCCCAGCGUCCACGGCGACGUCGGCGGGGCUAUCGUUCGGGCCGCCGGCGUCAUCGGCGUCGACGCCAGCCACUUCGGGGAUUAGUUUCGGGACUACAACAUCUGCUGGUAUUUCGUUCGGGACGUCCGCCGCUACAGGGCUAACGUUCGCUAAGCCUACUGCUACCACCGCGGUCGCUUCUAGUGCAGUGGCAACGAGCGCGUCUACAGGCAUCUCUCUGCUUGCUAAGUCAACAGCGGCGCCUACUUCCACUAUGCCCUCGCUAACUACCGUUACUACCACAUCAGCAGCGCCUCCACAACCGUUCGCGUCUAUAAGCUUCGCGCAGCUUGAAGAGAACAUCAACAAAUGGACUUUAGAACUCGAAGAACAAGAGAAGACGUUCAUCAACCAAGCUACACAGAUCAACGCCUGGGAUAGACUGCUCAUUGCAAAUGGAGAGAAGAUAGUAGAACUGAACGAUGCAGUCGAAACGGUGAAGAAUGAGCAACAGAGUUUAGAACACGAGUUGGACUUCGUACUGGCUCAGCAAAAAGAACUGGAAGAUCUUCUCGCUCCGAUGGAGAAGCAGCAUCUAGAAGAUUCAGGGGACCGGCUGAGGGACCCGGAGAGAGAGCAUAUGUACUCGCUAGCUGAGAACCUAGACACCCAGUUAAGACAGAUGUCUGAAGACCUGAAGGAAGUGAUAGAACAUCUUAACGAGACCAACAGAAGUCAGGACAGCAACGAUCCAAUUGUCCAAAUCGGUCGCAUAUUGAACGCGCACAUGUCAUCAAUGCAGUGGAUAGACAACUCUAUUGCCCAGAUAUCAACGAAGUUGGACCAGCUCAAAGCGACCCACGACACACUACGGAGAGACAACGAAAGAUCAUUCCAGCUGACUUACAAUUGAACUACUUUGUUAUACUUAGAAAUUAGAAUGUUUAGUAAUUAACCAGCUCGUAAUUGAUGACCCGUUUUACCUACUUGUCUGUUAGCCUGUGUCUACAAGAACAAAUCAGUCUUAGUAAUCGUGAAACAGACUCAAAAUCCUUAUCCGUUCCAAAUCCGACAUCCGUCAAAUGACGGAUUCGACGUGGUCAUAGAGCUACCUCUAUGGUAGCUCAUACACUACUAAGUAAUUUUGUACUACAGUUGCCUGUCGAUAGUCUAUCAAUAGUAUUUCUUAUGACUAUUUCAAGAACAAUCGAUUUUUCAGGCUACAUUCCUCAAAAACAAUAUAGAUGGCGCUGUAGUUUUCCAUUCAUUUUCAGUCUGUCAUUCUUUCGUAUCAGGAUCAUGAGGUUAUAGAAUCAAUUUCAGGAAUCAAACCUGCUAUAUGUACAACAAUGCUGUAGAUUCCGGCCACCAACUUAAUUUGACAGGGCUAGAACUAGCUGCAUCUCUGUCUUGCGCGUAUUGUAAGUGAAGGAUGGCAACAAUUUAACACCUGUCAAAUUAAAAUUAGGUUAAGUUUGUCUGCCCGAAUUUUUCGUCAAUCCAUCUAUAAAAAAAAAAUAGGACAAAUAUUCACUAACAGUUGACAUUUGUAUGGAAUCUGUAAUGAAAAUGAAACAUCCAAAAAAUAUUAUUAAUUGGAAUAAAACUACAUAAUUUUCUAAAAAA